GUCCAUAAAUAUUCAUGCUUAUCUACGAAAAUUAUUGCUAUAGAAAAUAUAAAAAGGUACCUUAUCAAUUAAUUUAAUAUUGACAGAAUAAACUCGUUUUUAAACACUGGAGGUGUAGUAAAACUCAGGGUAAUUUUCAAAGUCAGCAAAAGAUGGCCUUGUACAUUUUAAUGAUUCUUUUAUGAAUAUACAAAUCCCGGCGCCCGCGCUGGCUGCUUGGUCUAGUGGUAUGAUUCUCGCUUCGGGUGCGAGAGGUCCCGGGUUCGAUUCCCGGAGCAGCCCAGCUCCUUUUUCCCACGCUAGUUUGUUUUUUCUUCUGGUUCUGCUCCGGUAGAACCUUUUGACAUGUAUAGAGUGCUGCUUUAGACUAUUGAUAAAAUAAACGUUUUCUACGUACGAUAUAGGAAUAUGGUGUUGUCCCAACCACUGAUAAGGCAGAGUAAUCGAUAGUGGAACGACACUUUUUGUAAAAUAGACUAUUAUGAGUGCCAUAGACAUACAUAGUAACCUAACUAUAGAUUACGGUGCAUAUGUGCAUUUCGCCUACCAUGUAGGAAAGUAUUUGAUUCAAAAGUGUGAAUACGAAUCGUGUGACGAGAAAUCUCUUGUAAAAUGGUAUCUCGACUAUAAAAACGAAGCCUUGGUUCAGAAUCCCUCAAGUUUGGAAAAAUCAAAGUUAAUUUAUGAAAAACUCAUCGAUAAUUUAAUUUAUGAUGAGUGUGUAAUGGUUGUAGGAAGGGCAUCAGGAUCGCGUAUGAUUAAAAGACAUCCAGAAUUCUUUGUUUGGGCUUGGAGAAGCCUGUCUAAGUUACACGAACAACAUAAAUAGAAAUGCAAUUUUU